AUGAGUGACCCAGCAGCCCGUGAAGACCUCACCAAGCGGCAGCUUCCGUCCAUGACACUGGCGAGCGGCAUCGAAUCUCUACCUUCUGCAGCUCAAGCACGCACAGCUUCGACUUCAGACGAUUCUUCAACAAGAUUUCGAGUCCCUGGCGUUGCAGUUGUUACCGGAGGGCUGGGAACCAUUGCAUUGACUGUUGUUCGAGCAAUGUUGCAGCACGGCCUGACUGGGCUGAUGCUGCUUGACCUUGACGUGACUUCGGAGUCCGCGAUGAGAAACGUUGAUGAUAUUCGGAAAGACUUUCCGGAAAGGAAAAUUGAGGCAGCGUCUGUGGAUGUAACUGAUGAAGACGCUGUAGGACGGAUCAUGGCUUCAACAGCUGAGAAACUGGGCGGCCUUGAUUUUCUCGUCUGCUUCGCAGGUAUAGUCAACUGUACUCAUGCCCUCGAUCUCUCACCCAAAGUCUUCAGGAAGCUCCUCGAUGUCAACACAACCGGGAGCUUCAUCUGUGCCCAAGCUGCAGCAAGGGAAAUGGUCAAAGCCAACACCGGCGGCCGCAUUAUUUUUAUCGCCAGCAUAUCAGCCCAUAGGGUCAACUAUCCGCAGCCGCAAGUAGCGUACAACACGUCCAAGGGAGCUCUUUUAAUGCUGAAAAGGAGUCUCGCGGCAGAGUAG